AUGUAUUUACUCAAGCAAGGAACUUUUUCUCCGUGUGGUCGUCGAUUGUUAUCGCUAUGUUCGGUUAUGUUACGAUCAAUUCCGAAUCGGAAAGAACCACGUGAAGUGACUUAUCCAGUUGCAGGCAAGAAACCGAGGUUGGUAAAUGAUAGCAAAGAAGCUGUUGCCGUUAUUCAAAGUGGAUUCAAUGUUUUCGUUCAUGGUAUUGCUGCAACACCAACACCUCUUUUGGAAGGUCUCUGUGAACAUGCUAAGGUUAAUGAUCUCAAUAAGAUAACUUUACAUCAUAUGCACCUUGAAGGACCCGCUCCUUGGUUAGCUUCAGAUGUUAAAGGACGUAUUCGUUCCAAUUCGUUGUUUACAGGCCACAACUUGAGACAAGCUGUCAAUGACGGAACAGCUGAUUUCAAUUCAAUUUUCUUGCAAGAAAUUCCUUUAUUAUUUCGAUCUGGUCUGAUUCAUCUGGACGCUGCUUUAGUCACGGUUUCACCUCCAGACUCUAGUGGUUUUUGCUCUCUAGGAACUGGUGCUGAGGCUGCUCGUGCUGCUGUAACUUUGGCGGAUGUCAUUAUCGCUGUUUGCAACAAGCAUAUGCCACGUACGUUUGGUGAUACAGUGAUCCAUCAAAGCCAUAUUGAUUUCAUGGUUAAGCAUGAUUGCCCUCUACAUGAACGUUCUCUUCGAAAAGCAACUAAGGAGGAAACUCAAAUUGGCAAAAUAAUUGCAGAUGAACUGGUCGCAAAUGGAGCUACACUGCAGAUGGGGAUUGGUGCUAUACCGGACGCAGCUUUAGCUGCACUAGGCAAUCACAAGGAUCUUGGAAUACAUACAGAAAUGUUUUCAGAUGGUAUUUUACAUCUGGUUGACUGUAAUGCUCUAACUAACGCUAAGAAAACCGUUCAUCCUGGAAAAACUGUGGUUUCAUUCGUUUACGGUACUAAAAAGUUGUAUUCUUUUCUCCACGAUAAUCCAGCAAUACUUUUCGGUGAUGUCGCUUGGGUGAAUAAUCCUUCGAUUGUGAAGACAUUGCCAAAAAUGACUGCCAUAAAUUCCGCGGUGGAAGUUGAUCUCACAGGACAAGUUGUCGCGGAUUCUGUGGGUACUCGGUUUCUUUCGGGUGUUGGUGGACAAGUAGAUUUUAUUCGUGGUUCAGCUAUCGGUUUGGAUGGUCUUGGGAAACCUAUUAUCGCAUUGCUGUCAACAACCAAAAAGGGCGAAUCAAAAAUUGUUCCGUUUAUCACUCAGGGAUCUGGUGUGGUAACGUCACGUGCUCAUGCACAUUACGUUGUGACAGAAUACGGAAUUGCUGAGCUUUGGGGUCGAAAUGUCCGACAACGAGCUUAUCAGUUAAUCAGCAUUGCUCAUCCAGCUCACAGAGAAAAUUUGGAAAAAGUUGCGUUUGAAAGGCUAAAAGUGAUGCCUUCAAUGGAUUAG